CGGUGUGUUCUUGGCGAUUGCAAAAUAUAUUACAACCGACAUACAGCUUCUCGACAUCACACCGAAGCAGUGAGCUCUGGUGUGCGCUUCGAUUCGUUCGUAUUAUUGGCUGGCUAACAAUGAAAAAGGACUUUCCUCCUCUGAUUAAUGAUAACCUGCUGCGAGCAGCUCGUGGCGAGCCGGUGGAUCGUGUUCCGGUAUGGGUCAUGCGACAGGCAGGCCGCUAUCUGCCCGAAUUUCAGGAAGUCCGAGCGAAGCAUGAUUUUUUCACCGUCUGCCGGACACCGGAACUGGCUUGCGAAGUGACGAUGCAACCGCUGAGACGGUUCGACUUAGAUGCAUCAAUCAUCUUUUCGGAUAUUCUCGUAAUACCCCAGGCACUCGGUAUUACAGUUGAAAUGAAACCAGGCGUCGGACCCGUACUACCUGAACCUUUAGUCGGACCGGCAGAUCUCGAGCGACUCAAUCAGACUGGGGCGAUUGACCGGUUGAAGUACGUGGGCGAUGCGAUUACCAUGAUGCGUCAUAUGAUCGCGGGUAAGGUACCACUGUUUGGAUUCACCGGCGCACCAUGGACACUGAUGGGCUACAUGAUCGAAGGCGGAGGUAGCCAAACUAUGUCCAAAGCGAAAGCAUGGCUACAGGAUCACCCGGAAGCGAGCCAAAAGUUGCUGAACAUUCUCACAGAUCAGAUCAUCGAUUAUCUCGCCAUGCAGGUGAAAGCGGGCGCACAAAUAGUGCAGGUGUUCGAAUCCAGUGGAGAUCACCUUAGCAAAGAGCAGUUCCUCACUGUGUCCUUGCCAUACUUGAAGCGCAUUCGAGAUGACUUGUUGCGCAAGCUAGCGGAAGAAAAUGUCCCAGCCGUCCCGAUGGUGCUAUUUGCAAAGGGUGCAAUGCACUCGCUUGCCGAACAAGCUCAAACCGGAUAUGAAGUGAUUGGACUCGAUUACACCAUCGACCCAGAGGAAGCUCGCAAGCAAGUUGGUCCUAACGUGACGCUUCAGGGUAAUCUUCACCCGCAAGAUAUGUACAAACCACCGGAGGAAUUACGGGAGCUUGUGCUCACGAUGGUUCGCAAAUUUGGCAAGCAUCGCUAUAUCGCCAACCUGGGACACGGCAUCACCCCUCAAACGCCCGUUGAAAGCAUGACUGUACUGGUACAGGCUGUGCAUGAUGCUCUAUAACGAGAAAAUUUCACCAUCGUUGGUGCAAUCGUGACCUCUCGUGUGCGAGAUAGCCCUAAAAAAUUAUGCAGCAUAGGAGCAUUUUGUCGAAAUAAUGACAAAAUUAUCAGUUCAAUAAACAUUACAAAAUCGCAACACCGCAUGUUAGAUGUUUGCAGAACGAGAUAAAGCAAGGAAUAAGCGAAAACAACUUUAUCGCACCUAUAGACAACUAAACAUUGCAGCAUUUUUUAAAGAUCGCUGUACAGGAUGAAACGUAUCAAUUAUCAAUGUUAGAUGGAGCAUUUUCUCUUUUGUUGUUUUUAUGCAGGGA